UUGUUAGAAAUAAAAAUGAAAGCAAUGAAGACUUCGUGGGCCGAUGAGGUGGAUGCAGAUUACGUGGAUGGACUGCCACCUGACAAGGUGCAUACAGAUGGGAACUUUAAAUAUGUAACCGAGUACAAGUUUAACGAGGAAGGCAAGAAAGUGAAGGUGGUCCGCACCUAUGAGUAUAAGAAGCAGACCGUGCCCAAGGUCGUGGCCCGUCGUCGCAAUUGGUUGAAGUUCGGGGACUCCAUUGACGACAAGCCGGGUCCAUGCGCGCAGACCACUAUGGUGUCUGAGGAGGUGCACAUGGUAUUCCUUAGCUCUAAGGAGCUCGAGCAGGCCAACGAGCCUCAGAUGGAGCCGGGCAAGAAAAUGGCGAAGUGCCGCAUCUGCAAUGGCGAACACUGGUCCGUGAACUGCCCCUACAAGGGAACUUCCAUGGACAGCAAGACUUUGAUGGAGAGCAAGGCCACGGCGGCGGCAGCCGCUGCCGUCAGUGAUACCUCCAAGACGGGAAAGUAUGUGUCGCCGUUCCUGAAGGAGGGCGGCUGUGCGAUCAAUGGCAUCAAUGGAUCAACAGGAGGCAAGCCCUGGGACCGCGAACGCUCGACUGUGCGCAUCUCCAACCUGUCCGAGUCGAUGACCGAGGCGGAUCUGGAGGAGCUGGUGAAGAGCAUCGGACCCUACAGCAAGCUGUACCUGGCACGCGAGAAGAGCACUGGACUUUGCAAGGGAUUCGCCUAUGUGCACUUCAAGUUCCGCCAGGAUGCCGCCGCUGCCAUCGAAAUUCUCAACGGCCAUGGCUACGAUCACUUGAUCCUCAGUGUGGAGUGGUCCAAGCCGCAGCCCUAAAGCCGGAAUCGCCAUUAACUUUAAUUUAAUUUACGUACAUUUUCCUCCUCUCCGUUAAGUCACUGCGGAAAUAAGCCGCUCCGCAAAGAUAUCGAAAUAAAAUAUAUUUACUGGAGGAGGACUGGGGAGUCUUUUACGUGCAUGCGCCCAGACUAAA